AUAUUAUUUCCCGAAGGGUGAUGUCAUGUGGCAUACCUUUAAGCUGUAGAUUUACAACUUUGAGAAAUUAUCAUGUGCUGGUCAAGAAAACUCCAAGUAGAGCAUCCAACCAGCUUUGGAAGAUGCAGAGUCUGAAUACAACUCUUGGAAAGAACUUUAGUACUUGGAUAGCAUUAAGGAAUCCCAGAGGAUUUUUGAGAAGGAUUAAAAGACUUAUUCUUAAGAGAAUAGUCGUAUUUAGGCUCAUAUUUUACGGAAGUCUCAUUCUUGGAGUCUCUACUAUUGUUAAUGUAUCCAAAAAUGAAGAUAUUGAGAGAUCAAUCUCUCCAUCUUACUUCUUAGAACACACUCCAAAACCAGGAGAGAGGUACAAACUCUCCGGAGUUAUUGUCAAAGACUCGAUCGAAAUGAAGAAGGGGACACAAGACAAUAAAUUCAGAGUUACUGACUAUAAAAACUCUAUUAGUGUUUUAUUCAAAGGAACAUUCCCUCAGACAUUCAGGGAAGGAGAUAUGUGUUACCUUGGAGGUUUUCUAGCAGAUCCUGAGGACCCAACUCUCUUCAUCGCCACUAGUGUCCAAGCCAACCACGAAAUCUCAGUUGAUAAAUACAUUGGUGAUAGCAACGUUGACAGGUUCGCAAGUCUUAAUAUGAUUGAGCCAACUGCAGAUUUCGAAUAUGCUAAAAUUUCUGAACUAAGAUAA